AUGCGCGCGUCGGACGACCACGAGAAGCUCCUGACCGCGAAGAAGAAGCCGCGCUCCACGUCGCGGUGCCGGUGGUGCCGGUGCGGGAGCACGACGCUGUUCGUCAUCCUUCUCGUCUUCGUCGCCGGCCUCGCGCCCGCGGUGUUUCACCGCGGCUCGUCGCAGCAUCCGAUCAUCCGAAGGGAGCGGAACGAGCGCGUGGUGUUGCCGCUCGAGGCGUGGAAGGAGCGACAUCGGAAGGACGGCGGCGGCGGAGGCGAGGGAGGAGGAGGAGGAGGAGGAGGAGGAGGAGGAGGAGGAGGAGACGGCGGCGGAGGAGGAGGGGGGGGAGAGAAGCCGGCAGAGGGCGGAUAG